UCCCGCCCCACCACGCUGCGCCGUGCCCCUCUCGUCUUCUUCUCUCCUCCUCCUCUUCCUCUCGCCCCACGACCCCCCAAAACGCCCUCCUCCUCAGAUCAGAUCGAGCGAAACCAAACCAAAUCCCAAAAGCUCGAGAGCUCUCCGGAGGAGGCGCCGACGACCCGCCGUUGUUGCUUCGGAGGACGAGUGGCUAGAGCGCGAGGGUUUCCCGGAUCGUAGCAGGAGGAGCAGCAGCUGCAGAGAGAGAGAGGAUCGGAGAUGUCGUCGGUGUUCAGCGGCGAUGAGACCGCCCCCUUCUUCGGCUUCCUCGGCGCCGCCGCCGCGCUCGUCUUCUCAUGCAUGGGGGCGGCCUACGGGACGGCCAAGAGCGGCGUCGGGGUGGCGUCCAUGGGUGUCAUGCGCCCGGAGCUCGUCAUGAAGUCCAUCGUGCCCGUCGUCAUGGCCGGAGUGCUCGGUAUCUACGGCCUCAUCAUUGCCGUCAUCAUCAGCACCGGGAUCAACCCCAAGGCCAAGCCAUACUACCUCUUCGACGGCUACGCCCACCUCUCGUCCGGCCUCGCCUGUGGCCUCGCCGGGCUUGCCGCUGGCAUGGCCAUCGGCAUUGUUGGUGAUGCUGGAGUCAGGGCGAAUGCACAGCAGCCGAAGUUGUUCGUGGGCAUGAUCCUUAUCCUCAUCUUCGCCGAGGCGCUCGCCCUCUACGGCCUCAUCGUUGGUAUCAUCCUGUCGUCCCGUGCUGGUCAAUCCCGUGCCGAUUAGGCAAUGUUCCGACACGCGGCCCUGCGCGGCCUCCUGUUUUAUAUUAUUCAGACAACAAACUGAGCUCUAGAGAUUAUCAUGACUAGUUUUUGUUCUUCUGUUUGGUCGAGAAAAAAACAUCUGUGGCCAAGGGAAGUUUGCCCUUGCCGUACCAUUCUUUUUCCGUGAGGAUGUUUGGGUGGUGGUUGAUGCUUAUUUAUGCACAGUUAUUUAUUUUUUGGGGUUCUGGCUGGACGGUGUAAUCUGGUGAAUAAGCAAGAACAUGCAUGCAAUUGAGCUUAGGACUCUUUUGUUAAUU